UUCGCUGGGCUUUUUGUUUUUAUUAUCAGCUGUUCGUUGGGAUACUGCGGUGCUAUCAUUUGCAAAAAUAAACAAAAGAUCAUAUAUUCUGCACGUCUACCUCGGAAACUAGCGAAAAAGUCCAACGAUUUAUUUUUAACAAAUUAGACGGCGGAAAAUCGGUUGCUCUAUAAAGAAGUAGGUCUGGCUGAAGUCAUUCUGCUGAGAUCUGCUCGUAACAUCUGCCAGAGAGACCCGUGUACAAGGCAAUCCAGUUCACCAUCUAUUAUUAAGUACAAUCACGUGAAAUUUAUGACCAUGUUUCAACGGCUCACAAACCUGCUCUUUGGAAGCGUGAAUGAACCAACUGUACCAAAACCAGGGUCUCCGGAAGUGGACGAGGAGGGCUGGCUCAUGGUCAAUGCAGCUGAUGGAGAGACAUCCUCUGAACCCAGUGAGGUGCAGUUCAAGUUAAUAAGAACCCUGUCCAGCACUGAGAAAUCUGCUGCCAACUCAGUCAGUGAUGCAAGCAUCGUAGAUCAGGAAGUCCCUGCUUCUCGAGGCAGUGUUCGAUUAUCUCAGCGGCUGGUCUCUCAGUCCGGUGCUCUGGUCAAAGCCACACAGGUGGGCCGGAUACAGCGGGCUCAGGCCCGGGCCAACCGCCACAAUCUCAGCCGUAAUUGCAUUCAGCGCCAGAACCACAUUCGUCAACGCGUUCCUCAACAUUACUCUCGCAUACACCGUGUGAUGCUCCACCAGCCUGGCCGUCGCAACUUUAAUUACUAAGAUGCGGAGAAAGUCAACAAGCACGCAAGCACAUGCAAGUACCUUGGUGCAAAAUAAAAGCUUGAUAUGAGAAUGUUUGAAUCAUUUUUAUUUUGUUAUUUAUAAUGUAGGAUUUAAUAAUCCCAGUUGCAGCAAAAAUUAUGUUGGCCAUCGGAAAAUCUGUUUACACAUUCUAGUGUACUAGACUGUCAUGCAGCAAUAAAAUUAAGUGAAGGACUUUUGAAUUAUCAUGUCUUCUUUCAUUGUAACAUUAUAUAACUCAUAUAGAUCAUGUAGUGAAAUCCCUUAAUUGUGGUGAAGACAAUAAAGCAAUGGGGUAUCAAUGGUAAUCCAUUUCAGCCAGUUUACCUCAUUAACAUUUAUUUAUAAUAAAUAAUAUACUGUGCCGAAAGCGUUAUUGUCAUGCAGUGCACUAUAGCAACCACGAGGGGGCGCCUGGGUUCGCCUAGUUUGGUCAGGGGGCGCCGUUUUCCAAUUUUCUGUGGUCAAAACAUGGGUCAAAAUGACAUGUCUAAAUCUAAGGCAUGGCUGUCUUCCAGAGCGUAUUACAAAAACAUGAAUUAUGUUCUUUCCCUAUUGUAAAAUUCAUCCUAUUGACAAUGUUAUACGUUUUUAGUUCGACAAUAUAAUAUAAAUAUUAACAUUCAGGUUUAUUAAUGGCAUUUAGUUCUUCUAGUUUAGCAAGUGACAUUAUCAGCUAUUUGAACUGGAUAUUUGAUAUGAUUUAUGCUCUUAGUAAAAUAAAUUAUUUACAUUCUUUUAGAGCUACAAGAUACUUUGACUGUUUGAUAUUUUUCGUGUUUCCACAUGAAUUUAGCAACUCGUGCUGAGUGGUUUGCUGGAUGUGGAAUACUUUGUUAUUUCUCUUGUUUUUCCCAAUUUAUUUUCAAUUAGAGUAGAGAAUAAAGUUUGCAUUUUAUUGGUU